AACCAAAGUACUCUCCCUCACUAUUCAUUGCUUUCUACACCUAGCAUAUCUCUCUGUCUCUCUCUCUCUCUCCCUCGGUCUCUCUCUAUAUCUCUAUCUCUCUCUCUCUAUCUGUGCUGUACUUUGAAACAACUUUCAAGGAUGCCUUCAAGACUCUCUGAUGCCUUCAGAGCCCACCCUGUCCAUCUCCACCACAAACACCUUGACUUCACUUCACUCCAAGAGUUACCUGAAUCAUACAGAUGGACUACUGAUCAACCGGACGACGACCACCACCACCACUACCCUUCCACCCAUGAAUCCGUGCCGGUGAUCGAUCUUUUAGACCCCAAUGCCCUUCAAAACAUCAACCAUGCAUGCAAGUCUUGGGGUAUCUUUCAAGUAACAAACCAUGGUAUCCCCACCAGCCUUAUUGAAAAAGUUGAGAUGGCAAGUAAGAGUCUUUUUUCUUUGCCUCACGAAACAAAGCUCAAGGCGGCUCGAUCUCCCGACGGAAUCUCCGGCUAUGGAUUGGCUAGAAUCUCUUCUUUCUUCUCCAAGCUUAUGUGGUCUGAAGGAUUCACUAUUGUGGGAUCUCCGCUAGAGCAUUUUCAACAACUUUGGCCUCAAGAUUACAUCAAAUUAUGUGAUAUAAUUGAAGAGUAUCAAAAAGAGAUGAAGAAGUUGGCAGGGAGGCUUAUGUGGCUCAUGUUGGCUUCAUUGGGCAUCACAAAAGAAGACAUCAAAUGGGCCAACCCAAAAGGAGACUUGAAAGACAAUUGUGAUGCUUUACAAUUGAAUUACUACCCGGCUUGUCCGGAUCCGGAUCGGGCCAUGGGUCUUGCAGCCCAUACUGACUCCACUCUCCUCACUAUUCUCCAUCAAAACAACACAAACGGUCUGCAGAUGAUGAAGGAUGGAUCCGGGUGGGUCACCGUUCCACCGGUCUCGGGCGGGCUAGUGAUCAACGUGGGAGACCUUCUUCAUAUUCUAUCAAACGGGUUAUACCCGAGUGUCCUUCACCGGGCGGUUGUGAACCGGAACCAAGACCGUUUAUCGGUGGCUUAUCUUUAUGGGCCCCCAAGUAGUGUCCAAAUCUCACCCCUAUCAAAACUAGUAGGCCCAAGUCAACCUCCUCUCUAUAGAUCAAUUACUUGGACAGAAUACCUUAGAACAAAGGCCAAGUAUUUCAACAAAGCACUUUUAUCCGUCAAGGUUUGUGCCCCUUUUAAUGGAUUUCUUGAUGUAAGUGACCAUAAUAGUGUCACAGUCGGCUAGUACUGAUCAAUAAUAAUUCCUACAAAAUGCUUAAUUA